AUGGGACAGAAUGACACUUCGUCUUCUGCACCCAGCGUGCUGUCAGAGAUUCCAUUCAGCGCUCGACGCGUGGCGUGUCUUAUCACGCGGAGCGGCGCCAUUAAUGCGUCGUUUGUUACGGCAUUCGGGCUUGCCGAUGAGGAGGGGCCUUCCUACGAACAGUUCUCCCACCUGUACAACAUCACCAAAUCGAAGAGUACCGAUCAUGGUGACUGGGUCCAGGCGAACUGUCUCAGGGCUUCCGAAAGGGGCCAUUUUCUUACGGCAGUGCCAACCUCCCAGAAGUCCUGGAGGAAUCCGCGGGUCCUCCUCUCUGGCGAUUGGGAAUCGCCCUCAGGAGUUCCCGAUCGCUUCCAUAUCCCAAAUACCUUUCAGAUAGCCGUGUCAGAGGCCAGAAAGACUGUCGAGGUUAAGAAGCUCUCCGAGACCUCCAAGCGACGCCUCCUGGUGAUUGCCAAGGGGAAGAAACAGAAACGGCAGCCAAGGGCCUCUGCCGAGAGGGUCUCGGAGGCAGACGUCGAGGAGCAGCCAAUUGCCGAACGGCAGAGGCAACGCCAGGCCGAGCCUGUGGUUAGAAGGGCGCCGGUGGAAGAACCGGCACUUGGUCCGAGGCAGGGUGCCGAGGCGCCUACCUCCAAGGCAUUCGGGAAGCGGCCCGUUCAAGUGGAUCUGGAUGCCGUAUCCACUCCUAAGCGGGCGCGGCUGGCCGAUUCCCAGAGGGCCAUCUUUGCCGUUGAGGAGGAAGGGGGGCCUACCGAGGCGGUCACACUAGCCUGUCCUUCGAAGACGGUCCAGUUUGCGAACCACAUGAUCGUGGGUUCGCAGAUGGACCUUGCUGAGAUCGACGAUCUGCCGAAGAGGGCUCUUCGGGAGGAGGCUGGGCGCGCCUUCCGUCUGCAGGCCACGGCGUCGAUGGACAUGUGGCUGUGUAUGAAAAGAGCCAUCAACGCUGCCGAACGCGCGAAACGGCUCUACGAGGACGGCCGCUCCAAGGUUGCCGACGCCACAAAGGCACUCCAGGACCACGCCAACCUGGUGCAGGAUAUGCAUGCUGCCGAACGGCAGAUUCAAGCGCAUGAGGCAAAGCUUGCCGAGAUGCGUGAGGCUCUGGACGGCGCUGAGCAGGCGGCCAGGGAUGCCGAAGGAGCGAAGACGGCGGCGCAGAUGGCACUGGAAGCGUCCGAGCGGUCGAAGGCAGCGGAGAUAGAGGCUGCCGUUAACGAAGCCAUCAGGGGAUACCGUUCCUCCUCUGAGUUCACCUCUCUGGUGGAUAAUGAAGUGGCUUCGGAGAUGGCGGACCUCAUCUACCGUUUCAAGCGGUUUAACCCGGGCCAGAAGCUGAACUUGAACUUCGCUGCCGAUCCCCCUCCCCUACCGGAAGGCAUCACAGAAGAGAUGAUCGAGGAAUAUGAGGGGGAAGAUGCCCCUGAAGGUGCCGAGGGUCCGGAUGCCGAGGAUGCCCCUGACGCGACCGUCGAUGCCGCGGUUGAGGCCACCGAAGACCAAGGAGGUCGUGCUGCCGAGGCUUGA